AUGUCCUGCCCCAUGGACUUCACCGCCUACCCGUUCGACCACCAGGUGUGCUACUUCAGGAUGGAGAGCUACCAGUUCACCUCCAAGCAAGUCUCCUACAAGUGGCACAACCCUAUCAUCGAACGCGCCAGUAACAUCCAGUUGGGGCAGUUCGACUUCGACUUCUACAGCGUGCAGCAGCAGAACACCUCCCACUCCACGGGCAGCUUCCCCCUGGUGAUGGUGGAGGUGGUGCUGAAGCGGCGGAUCAGCUACCACCUUAUGAACACCUUCCUCCCCUCCGGCCUCUUCGUGUGCGUGUCGUGGCUCACCUUUCUCGUGCCGCCCGACCAGAUCCCCGGCAGGAUGGUCCUCACGAUCACCACCCUCCUCACCCUCGUCUCCAUGUUCGCCGCUGUCAAACAGGAGAGCCCCAAAGUCUCCUACGCCAAGGCUGUGGACCAGUGGAUGAUCAUGUGCGUGGUCUUCGUGUUCCUCGUGCUGCUGGAGUUCACCGUCGUCAUCCGCAUGUACGAACUCGGGCGACGGGCGGCAGCUAAAGGGGCCUCGAACGUGUCUUCACCGCACCCCAACCCCGACGUCGAACCCGCCAACACGCCAGCCACUCCGACGCGGCCCUCCAGCACCACCACCACAGCCUCGCGUCAGUCCACCGCAGUCCCUUCCGUGGAUGAGCCCUCGCGAAGGAACCCACUCAAGCAGCAGAGGGUGUGGGAGGACGGGAAGGAGACGCAUGCUCUUGAAACCUUCUGA